CGCGAGCCGGAGCAGGCCGUGCGCUUGACGCUGCGUAGCGGGUUGCGAACUUGCGGGCGGAGGGGCCGGGGAGCGGGUGAGCUCCCGUCAGGGCAUCUUUCUGCCGGCCGCGCGGUGCCGGCUUCCCUGCUUUGCCGUUCCCGACGAGGUCUCCGCUGUCGGGCUACGGCCUCAGACAGUACAAUGGUGGGUGAAGAGAAGACGACUCUAAGAAAACGGCUGUCAAAGUCCAGGGAAGAUUCUGAGGAAAAUGAAGACCAGAGAAGCCCUUCAAGGGGGUCUCUGGAGACAGCUAGUAAUGGUAGGAUUAACUUAAAGCAGUUGAUGGCAAAGAAGAUACAGUUGACAGCAGAGGCAGAGGAAUUGAAGCCAUUUUUUAUGAAGGAAGUUGGCAGUCACUUUGAUGAUUUUGUGAACAGUCUCAUUGAAAAAUCAGCAUCCUUAGACAAUGGUGGGUGUGCUAUCACAAGCUUUUCUGUUCUUGAAGGAGAGAACAACCACAGAGCUAAAGAUUUCAGAGCACCUCCAGAACAUGGAAAGAUUUUUGUUCUAAGGCAAUCUCUCUUAGAUGAGCUGUUUGAGGUGGACCACAUCAGAACAAUCUAUCACAUGUUUAUUGCCCUCCUCAUUCUGUUCAUCCUCAGCACACUUGUUGUAGAUUACAUUGAUGAAGGAAGGCUGGUGCUCGAGUUCAGUCUCCUGUCUUACGCUUUUGGCAAACUUCCUGUUGCUAUGUGGACAUGGUGUACUAUGUUCUUGAGUACACUUGGUGUUCCCUAUUUCCUCUUUCAACGUUGGGCCAGAGGUUAUAGCAGGAGUACUCACCCACUGGUCCAUUCUCUCUUCCAUUGCUUCCUUUUCAUGGUCUUCCAGAUUGGCGUUCUAGGUUUGGGACCAACGUAUGUUGUAUUGGCAUAUACGCUACCACCAGCUUCCCGGUGCAUUGUUAUACUUGAACAGAUUCGUUUCGUAAUGAAAGCCCAUUCAUUUGUCAGAGAGAAUGUGCCUCGGGUACUAAAUUCAGCUAAGGAGAAAUCAGAGACGAUUCCAAUACCCACAGUCAACCAGUACCUGUAUUUCCUGUUUGCACCUACCCUCAUCUACCGUGACAACUAUCCCAGGACUCCCACUGUAAGAUGGGGUUAUGUUGCUAUGCAGUUUUUACAGGUUUUUGGUUGCUUUUUUUAUGUGUACUACAUCUUUGAAAGGCUCUGCGCCCCCUUGUUUCGGAAUAUCAAACAGGAGCCCUUCAGCGCUCGUGUUCUGGUCCUGUGUGUAUUUAACUCCAUCUUGCCAGGUGUGCUGGUACUGUUCCUCACGUUUUUUGCCUUUUUACACUGUUGGCUAAAUGCCUUUGCUGAGAUGUUACGCUUUGGUGACAGGAUGUUUUAUAAGGAUUGGUGGAACUCCACAUCAUAUGCUAACUAUUACAGGACCUGGAAUGUUGUGGUUCAUGACUGGUUGUAUUACUAUGCUUACAAGGACUUUCUCUGGUUUUUCACCAAGAGGUUCAAGUCGGCUGCCAUGUUAGCUGUCUUUGCUGUGUCUGCUGUAGUCCAUGAGUAUGCCCUGGCUAUUUGCUUGAACUUUUUCUAUCCAGUGCUUUUCGUGCUCUUCAUGUUCUUUGGAAUGGCUUUCAACUUCAUUGUCAACGACAGUCGGAAAAGGCCAAUUUGGAAUGUUAUGAUGUGGACUUCCCUUUUCGCGGGCCAUGGUGUCAUCCUGUGCCUUUAUUCCCAAGAGUGGUAUGCACGUCAGCACUGUCCUCUAAAAAAUCCCACAUUUCUGGAUUAUAUCCGGCCACGUUCCUGGACUUGUCGUUAUGUGUUUUAGAAGCUUGGACUUCGUUUCAUUCCUUGAUACUGAAGAUGGGUAUUCUGCCUGAUUUGGGGCCAGCAUCUGUUUCCAGUCGUUACUGACGUUACCUGUGGUAUUUGGAUCACUGCGCGCUUUACAGAUGGCUUGCUCCGUUCCUAGGUCAGCUGAGAUACUGCAAGUUUACUGGAAUCUUGUGCACUUAAAGCAGGACUUUUUUUUUUUUUUUUUUUUUAACCUUUUUGGGAGAAGGGAGACUUACAGCUGACAACAGUGACCAAUUUUUGCUGGGUUUUGUUUUUGACUCCCAUCUAAACAUCAUGACUAAACCCCCAUGUGUCCUUGGCCACUGACUUAGCCAAAACACUUAACGAAGAAAUAAUUUAAAUAUUUGGGGCUUAGAAAUUUUUUUCAGGCACACUGUUGGAAUGUAUGCUAAUUAACUAUGUACCUGGGAAAGGAAAGAAAAUAAUGUGGAGCAUUUUGCUAUUUCUAGUAGAGUGAAAAUCUCUAGUUUCCAAAGAUAAUCUUGUUAUGCCUCCUAUUCGUUUUUGUUUUUGUUUUUUUAAAAAGUUCGGUCUACUCAGUUUUUACCUUGUUUUCUCUAUGAAGUGUAGGUCAUGAUUUCUGUGAAGCAAAAUUACACCUUUCACCUUGAAUUCUUGAGUUUGUAUCUGAAAUCUUACAUAUUGAGGGAACAGAAAGAAGUAGGAAGGGAAGAAGAGAGAAGUGGCACAGGACAAAGAAAAGACACUUCCUUUUACAUCUUCCAAAAUAAUUUUUAAAAAAGACUUGCUGAGUCAGUCAUAUGUUUAAAUUAUUUUAUCGUGGAACUUAAUGUGGAAGAUAACUUUUUUUGGUUGUAAACGCUAUUAAGGUAAUAACUUUCGGGAAGUUAUUUAGAAGUACUCUUUGGUAUACUUAUUGUUUAAUAAAUACUGACUUGAAAUAGUUGGCAGACUAGUAAGUCUGUAACAUAGAAGUAUUAAUCAAAUUCCAUUAAUAUUAAAGUGAUUUUUAAAGAUCCAGAAGCUGGCUUCUGCAGUGCUCAAUUAUUACACUUUUAAUGGUAGUAUGUAUACUUCAGCUGAAACAAAUUAAUAUGUUAUCAUUUUCAAGAAAAUGUACUCUAUUAUGUGAUGUCUCCUUGUUAUAAGAUGCUCAUUGCUAAUACAGUGUGGUGUGCAGGAAUUA